AUGAUUUCCGAAUCGUUCAUAGCGGCGACGCUGUCAUCCGCUAAAAUCCCGACCGCCACUCUCCGCGAUGUCGGCAUUUGCGUGCAUGAAUUCCAGCCUGCCCCCCAGCUGCGAUCCACUUUCAAGAAGAGCUCGACCACACCCAAUUGCUUGGCCGUGAGCCCGUCGCAUAUUUUCGCAGCACAGGCUGAUAAGGCAGUUGUUCAUGUCUACAGUCGGGAAAAGGGGAACCAGGAGGCUUUAGUGCCAUUUCCGGAGCGUAUCCGCAGCAUUGCUGUCGUCGGAGCCAAGCAUGGUGAUGUGCUGGUCCUUGGCACGGAGGGAGGCCGGUUGAUUCUGUGGGAGACAUGCACAGGACGUCAAGUGGCUACCACGGCUUCACACCUGCAGCCGGUCACCUCGCUUGUCGUCGACCCCACUUCCAACUUCAUUCUGUCAGGCUCCGCUGAUGCCAGUAUACACGUCUGGUCUCUUCCUGGCAUCCUCUCCUUUUCUAAGCCCGCUCAAAGUCAAGACCGACAGCCACCAAACUCACCCAUUCGGACCUUCUCCAACCACCGUGCCGCCAUUACAUCUCUGGCUGUCGGACACAGCAAUGGACGAAACAACAUCGCAGUCUCGACCGCGAAAGAUAAUACCGCUAUUGUUUGGGACUAUAACACUGGACAUGUUCUGCGAACGUACCUGCUCCCAUUCUCGGCGACCUGUCUAGCAUUGGAUCCGGUGGAUCGAGCUGGCUACGUUGGUUAUGAAGACGGCAGCGUGCAAUCCAUCGACUUUUACCGCAGCGGCUCAGUAAAGCACACUCUCCACGACAUCUCUCUACAAUCCACCCCUGCCCAGGUGUCCGCCGAGGACCGAUGGCUUCCUCCAUCUGCCGAGUCCGGUGCUACCCGGGCACUAAUUCUCUCAUAUGAUGGUACCACACUAUUGUCCGCGCACGAUAGCGGCAAGGUUCUAUCAUGGAAUAUUGCGCGCCGAAAGUUCGCAACCACUGUCUCUGACUACACACACCCUGUGACCAACCUGGUUCCCUUGCCGCUAAAUGGCCUUUCAAACUCCUCGCAGGAGCCAACCCGCAGCAUUCACACGAUUGUCAAGCCUCGCCAUGACGGUGCGCUCUCAGACCCCUCUCAUGCUCCGGGUGCUGUCCCAGCAGCAUACACUUUCCACACACACCUGACAGCCCCCUCACGUCUCCGAUCUCGCCAAACAUCCCAAUUCUCUCAAGCCCUCACCCAUGCAGCCUUCCCCACCUCCAUGAUUGAGGAGGGCCUCGCCGAGCUGGCUGCUUUCAGACAGCCGGGCGCUGAAGUCUCCCGUGUCUCGUACACAGCUCCCGCUGUUCCAGAUGCCUCGGUUGACGUUGCCGCUCAUGACGAUCGCAUUGCUGAGUUGGAAGCCGAAAUUGCUUUGCUGAAGAAAAAGGACGCAGUCAACGACAAGACUCGACACUCUACCACAGACGAGGUUGUGCAGCUGCGCUCGGACCUUGUCCAUCUGCAAGAUUACAUCAACGAGAUGCAUGAGAAGCAGGAGGCCGCUCAGCGUGACAAGGUGCAGCGGCAAGCAAGGAAGGAAGCUCGUGAGGCAAAAAAACGGGAAGCAUGGUUUGCUGCCGAAGGUAAAGGGCGCAAUGGCGAUGCAGUGAUGAAAAAAAUGGACAUUGAUGGCGGUAUGCUGACCAGCGACUCGGAUGAUCAGAGCGAUGAGUAA